AUGGAUCCGAAUGUACGUGCUACCCUUUUGGAAAUGAAUCGGAAACGAGGAAAAUUCCGGACUGAAGCUCUAAAGCGAUCACACGAGAAAGUGAAGCAAGAACUCUCCGGGAAGUUAAAGUUAAAAAAGGUUUGGAAAACUUUCAACUCAGUUGUCCCGAACCCGAGUUGUUCCGUAAAAUGUACCAGCUCUUUUCUAUACGAACUGUUUCCGUUCUGGGGGAUAAUGAGGAAAUACAGUAUACGGAGGUUCUUGUUAUCCGACUUUCUGGCGGGACUGACAGUAGCCAUCGUCCAUAUACCACAGGGAAUGGCGUACGGACUGCUUGCGGAGUUACCUCCCGUUUAUGGACUUUACAGCUCAUUUCUUCCAGUCAUUACGUACUUCUUCUUUGGUUCCUCUAAACACAUAUCUAUGGGUACAUUUGCUGUGACGAGUUUGAUGAUUGGUUCGGUCGUUCAGGAGGGCCUCGAGAGAUACGAAGCCAUGCAUGGUGGUGUUGCCACGUCUAAUUCCUCGGCAGGGUCAAGAUUGUUGAUGGGAGUAUUCCGACUCGGAUUUCUAGCGUCGUUCCUCUCCGACCCGCUGAUUAGUGGAUUCACCACGGGUGCAGCGGUGCAUGUCUUCUCCAGUCAAGUGCAUCACCUUUUCGGGGUGAAAGUUCAUCCAUACCACGGUCCACUGCGUCUCAUAUAUUUUUACAGGGAUUUUUUCCGGAACAUCCACACCGUGAAUCCAGUGACAGCCACUGCAUCCGUCACAUGUAUCUUUGUUCUCGUCCUCAUCAAGGAGGGGGUUAAUUACAACCCUAACUGUCAGCCCGACCUCCCAGCUCCCGUACCUAUAGAGCUUAUUGUGGUAAUUGCGUCUACUGUGAUAUCAUAUUAUACGAGGAUUCACGAGGAGUUCCAAGUAGAUGUGGUCGGCAUGAUUCCGAGAGGCCUGCCCCCUGCCAGCGCCCACGACCUACGAUAUGUGUGGGAGACGUUUGCAGACGGACUGAUGAUGGGUUUUGUUGCCUUCACCAUAUCUUAUGCUAUGGCGAAAAUACUGGCCGAAAAACACGACUACGCCGUCAACACAAACCAGGAACUUGUCGCUAACGGGAUGUGCAACUUCAUGGGUUCCUUUUUCUCGUGCUUUUGUUCUGCGGCGUCUCUGUCCAGGAGUCUGGUACAGGACAAUGCAGGCGGCUGUACGCAGAUGGUGGGAAUAUUUUCAUCAUUUGUACUUCUCAUAGUUCUCCUCUAUAUUGGACCAUUUUUUUCAUCUUUACCAAAUUGUAUCCUGGCCUGUAUUGUCAUCGUGACGCUGAAAGGCAUGUUCAAACAAUUCAACCAGAUGCGAAUUCUUUGGAAGCUUUGCAGACGAGACUUUGCUGUAUGGCUCGUGACGUUUAUUGCCACUGUUGUCCUAGAUGUUGCCCUUGGUCUGCUUGUUGGUGUCAUAUUUGCACUAUACUUUAUAGUGAGGAAUUCACAAAAGCCUCAUACGUGUAUACUUGGAAGAGUACCCGGGACAUCAACGUACAAGGAUAUGAAAAGAAAUCGACAGGUAUAUGAAUUGCCAGGAAUAAAGAUAUUUCGGUUCGAGUCAUCCUUGUAUUUUGCGAAUGCUGAACAGUUCAGAGAUCGUCUUUACGAGAGAACAGGUCUGAAUCCAAAGAAGCUUAAAGGAAAGAAACAAAGAGCUUUAUACAAAGCCCUUCUUCAAAGGAAGAGGGAACAAGAGUUAGCAGAAUUAGAGGAACGAAACUUAAAGUCUAAGUCCAAAAAGGAUAAGCGUCAAAAGAACGCUAUAGAGAUAGAAAUAGAAGAGGAAAUACCGGAGGAGUUAACUGACGAACAUAAAAACCUACUGAUUGAACAGAAGAAUGAGAUUGUGGAUCUCUUCUCCAAGGCGUGGAUACCUCCCAUACACACCCUCGUUAUAGACUGUUCUGUUAUCGAUUACGUAGACACCAGUGCUGUCAAAAUUCUAGCCCAGAUAGUGAACGAGUAUAAAGACGUGGGAAUAAAGGUUUUUCUCGCAGGUUUGAGGGAGGAUGGACGGAACAUCCUGAAGAAGGCCGACUUUUACCAUGAAGUCGAGUACAACUGCUUGUAUUAUACUGUACACGAAGCUGUGGUGAUAUCACAGGAAAUCCAUGCGCAUUUGGUCCAAUCCGAUCCAAAGUACCUACAGAUGGUUAAACGAGAGUUCGGAGAUACCUCGUCAUUUACCAACCUUACGACAGUCGGAGAGUGUUCCGAGGAAGUGGACAUGACUACUCAGGUGUAAAACUCCUCCGCAGUAAGAGGCGAUACAUGCUAUACCCUACAGAAUUUACUGGUGUGAAUACUUCAACGUAAACACAAAAUAAGCUGUCCCGCAACACAUUUGCUGAAUUGUUCCAAAUUCGAUGUAUAUUUAUAAAGUGUUUGGAUUCUUAUCAUUGACUAUGACCGAUGUUCAAAGACUAAGGAGAGGGACAAGGAAAGACAACUCCGUGUCAUCAUGUACAUAUAUACGACUGGAGCGAUAGAUAUUUUCAUCAUUUUAAAGUGUUGAGAAUGGAAAUAGUAAUUAUGUGCCUUGAACAUGUGAACCUAUUUGCUCGGUGCAUAUGUGAGAAAAUGUGAAAUAUAUCAUAUAAGUAGAAGAUAGUAGACUUAUACUGAGUUACAUCGAAAUCAUACAGAUAUUAAUUAUUUAUGCAAGGAUUUCGUUUGCUCAGUUGUAUCUUUAUUUUGAAAUUAAAAGAAAGUCUCGCGAUUUUGUGCUAAAUUAAAUUAGAUUGUUCGGUAAAAAAAAAUCAUCAACGAAUGAUCUAUCUUUUAAGACGUGUAUAGAUUCCUAUUGAUAGGCGUGCAAAUUUUAGAUAUGUACUCUGUUCGAUUGUGUUCACUGUCAUCGUACCAUAACCAGUAUUCCAUUGAACAGUCGACUACAUAUCUAAAAAGUGAAACAAUACAUAUACAAUUUACAAAUAGCUGUGUUCACUUCAUGCUCAUUUCGUUGUUAUCUUAUAUCUAUGCACAAUAUCAUUUUGUACAGUUUGAUUAAACCACACUAUCUACGAAAAA